AUGGACAGCGCGACGCGCUGGCGAUGUUGGAGCUUUCAUUCGAUCGAUAGUCAACAAUUAGGCCGCAUCAUCGUCGGUCUCGUGUUGAACGUACGAAUAUCGACGGUGUUGAGUACGGCGGAUGUUGGGUUCGAGGUACUGAUAGAGACUUUGGGUAAGGUUUUUUGCGAGAUAUUGAACGAGCUAUUCGUGCUGACCCUCUUCCAGCCUUUCGUCGCCCUCUUCAAGCCUUCUACCGACGUCGUCGUGUCGGACGAAGCCUGUCACUCAGCCUUAUCGACAAUCUUCGCUACCCUCGUCCUCGAGCAAAGCACACCGCUGGAAACGUUUUUGGCCAACGAACACGAACACGAAGCUUAUGAAUCGGUGAGGGACGCUGGGGCUGUUUCGAGUCGAGAGAAUGGCGGUGGUGGUUGUAGAAGCAACUUCGUACAUGUCAGUGGCGAAAACGAAUGGGAAGAGGACCUCGGAGAAAGAAGAACCGCGAAUAUGGAGUUCGAAGCUGCUAAGAUCGAGGGCUAUGGCCGAUUGAGGAUUUCGACCUCGGCCUGGGAGGUAGCACAAGCUGGGGGCGAUUUUAGCAGUCCUGCGCCAAUGUCGGUCAGUACCUUCAGGGCUAUGCCAUACACGUUCGCAAGAAUCGGUGGCAAGAAUCGGUGGCAAGAAACUGGGCUCAGAAACCCAUUGUAA